AUGUUUGCAAAAAGUAGUGGAUGGAUGAUUACCUUUUUCUACACGAGUACAAAGACUGUAUCUCAAACACCUAAAAGAUAUAAAUGUGAAGUUUGUCAAAAAAGAUUUACUCGUCCAAGUUCAUUGACAACACAUUCUUAUACUCAUACCGGUGAAAAACCUUUCAAAUGUCCAGUAGAAGGUUGUGGUCGUCCAUUUUCGGUCAUGAGUAACUUACGUCGUCAUCAAAAAGUUCAUAAAAAGUGA